AUGCAAUCGCUGAAAGUGGUGGCAGGACCUCAAGGCGACUGGUACGGGCCAUUUCGCCUUGGAAAAUACGGCACCGUGUUUGCGGCGACGACCGCAUGGAGCAUGAUCAGCUCUCUUCCACACCUUCGGUUCGGCCUCAUGGUUGGUAUUGGCGCCGGCAUUCCUAGGCUAGCCGACAACAUCGACAUCCGCCUCGGCGACGUUGUCGUCAGCCAGCCGACUGGAGCCAAACGAAGACUUGGAGGACCUCGAGUACGCAGCAUCCUAGACGAUAUGCUCCAACGCCAUCCGCUGUUGGCAGAAGCAGAACCAGAUGACGCUGCGUUUGUUCACCAAGGGGCGCAAAACGACCGGCUAUUCGAAGCAUCCUCAGUACAUGUUCAAAUCCCGGACCGGCAAAGCGCAGUUUCACUAUGCCUCAUUGCUUCCGGCAACUCGGUCGUAAAGGACGAUGUUUCUCGGGACGACAUAGUACGACGACUUGGGGACAAGUGCAUUUGCUUUGAGAUGGAGGCAGCUGGUCUGAUGGAUAAUUUCCCCUGCCUCGUGAUCAGAGGAAUCUGCGACUAUGCAGACACCCACAAGAACGAUCGCUGGCAGAACUAUUCCGCAGCAACAGCCGCCGCUUUGGCAAAGGAACUACUGGAAGUUAUCGACGGCGAUGAUGUAGAAGGAGCCUCAAGAGUCGAUGAAAUCAUGGAGCAGUUAUGUGAGGAUGUUUCCCAAAUCCGAUCAACCACAAAAGACAUACAACAGGACCUACAUUUCCAGGAAGUCAUGAAGUGGCUGUCCCCGCCGGAUCCAUCAACAAAUAACAACAAGGCCUUGCAACAACGCCAUGAAGGCACAGGUCAGUGGUUCCUUGACAGCCAAGAAUACUCAAAAUGGAAAACAACGCAAAAGUCCUCUCUAUGGCUUUACGGUAUCCCCGGCUGUGGGAAGACAAUCUUGAGUUCCAUCGUCGUCAAGGACCUCCGUAACACUGAGCCUUAUGCCAAAAGCUUUAUCUACUUCUAUUUCGACUUCAUCGACACUAGCAAGCAGUCGCUUGAAAAGGCAAUUCGGUCACUGAUCGCUCAGCUGUACUGCAACAGCCAGAAUGUUCAAGCGCCUCUGAACUCACUGUACUCCUCUUGCAAAAGUCCUUCACGACAGCCGAGUAUCGACAUGCUGAGCACAACCUUUGAGGCCAUGAUUCAACAGAUCGGAGAAGUAUGGAUCGUCCUGGAUGCACUCGACGAAUGCCAGACGAGAACAGGCCCAAGGGACGAAGGAUUGCUACGUUGGAUUAAAAGCAUUCUACACUCACCACGAUUAAACGUCCACUUUCUUGUCACAAGUCGCCCUGAACACGAUAUUAAAUCAGCAUUAGAAAGAUUUGUCGACGGUCAGAUCAUUCUCCAGAGCGACCUUGUUACGGAAGAUAUACGUGCGUAUGUUCAUGGAACAGUGAGAAACUACGAAGGAUUUAAUCGGUGGCGAUCAUAUAAAUCAAUCCAAAAUGAGAUCGAAAGCCAUCUGAGGGAGAAAGCUAACGGAAUGUUUCUCUGGGUUUCAUGCCAACUCGAAGCUCUCGAAAAAUGUCCCGAUCCCCUCAGUCUUCGCCAAACGCUGCAAUCGCUACCAAGGACGCUGGACGAGACGUACGCGCGGGUUCUAAGCAGAAUCCCGCCCGAAUUCGAGCAGAAUGCGAUACGAAUAUUACAGUUUCUUGCCUUUUCCGAACGGCCACUGCGGGUUGAAGAGGCUGUCGACGUAAUUGCUGUGGUCACCAGAAAUAAGCCCCGAUUUGACGCCAAAAACAGAAUGCCACAAGCAGACGAAAUCUCCAUCUACUGCUCAAGUCUAGUGGCUGUUGUUACUCGAGGUGAAGAUGGAGAGAACGGAGUGAAGGAGCUUCAGCUCGCGCAUUUCUCGGUGAAGGAAUACCUUGUAUCCGACCGACUACAACAGAAUAUAUCCAGAACCUUUAUGGAGGCACAGGCUAGAGCUUCUAUUACAGAGGUUUGCCUUGCGUACCUCUUGGAGCUGGACCAUAGCCUUUCUUUAGUAAGGAUCAGACAAUCAUACCCACUCGCACAAUAUGCUGCGCGUUACUGGAUGAGCCAUGCUGUUCAAGCUGAUACCAGUAAAGUUCAUGAUCUAAUUAGAGAGUUUUGCUUAGAUGAGAACUCCCCUCAACCAUGCUACAGUCUCUACAACCCAGAUGAACCGUGGGAAGAAGAACUAGAAAGUUCUCAGACAGACGAGACUGUAGUACUGUACUAUGUAGCAUGUGGAGGGAUCGUGUCUGCGGUAGAAGACGUCUUAAAGAAUGGAGCAGAUAUCAACGCUCGGGUGGCAGCUAGGAGUGGUCGUGAGGCUGUGGUCAAGAUGCUUCUCGACACAGGGAAGGUCAAUAUCGAUUCCGAAGAUAUCUCUACUGGAACGCCGCUGUUAUGUGCAGCUGCGUAUGGUUAUGAGGCAGUCGUUAAGAUACUCCUCGACACAGGCAAGGUCGAUAUCGAUUCGAAAGAUACCUCCGGCCGAACACCACUAUCGUGGGCAGCUUCAUUUGGUAUUAAGGCUAUUAUCAAAAUGCUUAUUGAAACAGAGAGGGCAGACAUUAACUCUAGCGACAACACUGGCUGA